CAGCUUGACAUUGAUUAUAGCGUCAACGCUCCUUCUCAUCUCCUCCUCUUCUCACCCAUCCUCCUCUUCCUCCUCCUCUCUUCCUCUCUUCCUCCACCUCCGUCCAUCGGUGAGUUCUCUUCUCUCCGACCCUCCAUCAUGUAGCUGAUCAGACAGCGGAGCUUCCGUCGUCUGUUCAGCGGCUCUCUCCUACACCCGCUUCUCCUCCCGCUCCUCCCGCUGUUCCUCCCGCUCCUCCCGGUCCUCACGGUCCUCCUGCUGUUCCUCCCGGUCCUCCCGGUCCUCCCGCCACCAUGCUGCAGGUCGGGGAUGAGGUGAUGUAUUUCUCGGUGGUGUUCGUGGCGGUGAUGCUGGUGACGAGGAGCGCCACCGGGGCCUCCCUCCUCACUGCGUUCCUCUACGUCUUCAUGGUGAUGUUCCGGUUCCCUCCGGUGCCGGCGGACCAGGCCGGCCGGGUCCUGCGGCCCAGGGCUCCUCCAGGCGGCGUCCCGGUGGUGGCGCACCGGGGAGGGAGCCACGAUGCUCCGGAGAACACGCUGGCAGCCAUCAGAGAGGCCGGUAGGAACGGAGCCGCCGGGGUGGAACUGGACCUGAGCUUCACAGCAGACGGAGUCCCGGUCCUGAUGCACGAUGAGACGGUGGACCGGACCACCAACGGCUCUGGACCCGUCAGUAAACUUCUGCUUGUCCAGCUGAGGAGGCUGGAUGCUGCCGCCCGCCACAGACUGAAGGACAAGUUCAGUGGAGAGAAGGUUCCCACUCUGCAGGAGGCCGUGGAGGAAUCCAUCCGGCAGCAGCUCACCGUCUUCUUCAAUGUCAAAGCUCAACCUGAUAAGGCGGCGGCGGUGCUUCAUGAGAUGUACCAGAAGUUUCCGGUCCUUUACAACUCCAGCAUCGUCUGCUCCUUCGAACCAAAAGUCAUUUAUAAGUCACUUUUAGCCAGGACCUCCUCUUCAGGUCCAGCUCACCUCUGCCCUCUGCUGGUCCUCAGAUGCGUCAGACCGACCCCUCCGUGGUCACGGCUCUCUCCCACCGGCCCUGGAGGCUCAGCCGGUUUGGUGACGGCACUCCUCGGACGCUGUCAGCGUGGGGCCAGCUGUGGACCGGCGUCCUGGACGUCCUGUUGGACUGGGCCCACCAUCACAUCCUGUGGAAACUCUGUGGAAUCUCUGCUAUUCUGGUGCAGAAAGACUUCAUCUCACAGGACUACGUGGGGUUCUGGGCAGAGCGAGGUGUGGAGGUGGUGGGCUGGAGCGUGAACACCGCUGUGGAGAAGGACUUCUACCAGAAGCAGCUGAAGAUCAGCUACAUCACCGACAGUCUGCUGGAGGACUGCCAGCCUCACUUCUGAAGCCUGCAGGACCAUCCAAAGCUCACGUUUUCAGCUUUAAGAGGAUGGAGUCUCUGGUUAGACUACAGACAGAAAACUGCAUUUCCCAGUUUGUAGAACCAUAAAAUAGUGAAAUACGUAGAUGAAGGUACCAAUAAGGUGGAAUGACGGCAGAAGUCUGAGCUGAAUAAAAAUCCUGUCUGGUUUAGCAUCAUGCUCCCUGUAGCUGGCAUACAGGUGAGCUCUCCUUUACCUGUUAUCCUUCUGCUCCUCCCAGCAGCACCUCCACCUCUCCUGGAUUACCUGGAAGAUCUUUUCUGUCUGAUCUUCCACAGGCUUUAACCCUCAGAUGUUCCAGUGUUUGGACCUAAACUCUUCCAUCAGCGGCUCAGAAAUCAGAAUCAUUUUGGUUCAGAAUAAUCAUUUGUUUUAUUGUUUAACUUUUUGUCCACAAAAGAAUGAUUUCAUGUUUGAAAUCUGUUUAUUUUUCACUUUACAACAGAUUUUGAACAUUCUGAUGAUUGAAAAAGAAGAAUUUUACACAGAACAGCAGCAGAAGAAUGAAAAACAUCCGUUGUCUUUCCAUCACCUCUGGAUGAUUAUUAUCAGGGAUAAAGAGCUCCAGGUGUUAUACAGAUGUUACAACUUCGUUAAAAGCAUUAAAGGGAACUUAAACAUUUAAAUGGAGUGAUAUCAGAAACAAUCGCUGGAACAUGAAAUGAUAAAAUGAACAUUUUAAACCCACUGAUGCAUCUGAGGGUUAAAGAGGCUCCAGUGGUGGCGGUUCAUCACAUCUAAUGCCUGCUGUCGUCAUGUUUAAUAACCUGUAAUUUGAUGAGUUGACUGGUUGUUGGAGUGAAACUCGCCUUCCAUCAUUAAGACAAUAAAGACAGAAUUAGAUCUUCUAACCGAGCUCAUGGCUCAAUGUAAUAAGAAUAAAUAAUAUGUUUUAAUAAGAAUAAAUAUCAUGUUUUAAUUAGGAUCAUUCAUUGUGUGAUCAGAGGAAACAUCCUGAUGCUACUGAAACAGCUUUAAAGCAGUAAAAUGAGUGUUUCUGUCACAUAUUCUCUUAAUGUUUUAUUUUCUCUCAUCUAAAUCAGGAUUUUUGCUUCUUCAGUUUGAAGUCUUCAGACUGCAGCCAUGUUUAAAGAUCCUGAACCUCAGAAUGAGCCUGAAAUACUCAAAACGUGGAAUAAAAACUUUACAUCUCGCAGUUGAACAAGUUGAGACUCACAAAGAAGAUUCUGGUUCUUAGACUGAGAAGUAAAAUAAAAUAAAGCGUUGUUUGGCUGAAAUAAAUGUUCAGAAUGUGAA